GAGAGCCUCAGUGUCCAUUGAGAAGCCAAAGUGACUGUUCGAAAAGCGAUAUCGACAAAGGAUUUCAAAUUUCAUACAAGACGAAUAUUCAAAGAUGAAGAAGCUUCUAACUUUAUUCAUAUUCUUCGUAGUGCUAAAAAGUGUUGUGUCUACAUUUAAUUUUAACCCUAGCAACAAUUUUCUGAAUGAUCAAACAAAUAAAUAUUCUGGAACCAAUGAUCAGGAAGAAGAAUCAUCUGGAAGUGCCAUUAUUCAAAUAAUAGACAGCUUUAUGGACGAUCAGGAAUUAGUAGCUGCAUUUCUGGAACCAGAAAAUUUAGUUAAAAUGCCAGGUUUAUUGAUAAAACUCGAACAUACAUUAUUUCGUGCUAUUAGAGACAGGAUUAGAACUAGGCUUCAAAAAAAUCACUCAAAACAUCCUUUAUUCUCAGGAAAUCGGAAAUUUCAGCAUCCUCUUUUUGCUCGAAGAUUUGACCAAUUUAACAAAAGACACAAGAGGAACAUUCCUGAGAUGGUUAAUUAUUUCAGUAGUUUUUUGUUUCCUAAAACAAUGAAAGAAACUAAUUUUGGAUCAUCUACUUCUGAACCAUCUACUUUUAAAUUAUCUACUGAUAAACUAACUACUCCUGAACAAACUACUCCUGAACCAACUACUCCUGAACAAAGCACUCCGGAACCAACUACUCAGAAAACAACUAAUUUUGAACUAACUACAAUUGAAAGUUUAGAAGAGGGACUAGCUAAAGUUCUUCCUCUCAAACAUGAAGAUACUGCCAAUGGUGUUGAUGAAAUGAGUAAUCUUCUUCGGAUAGAUGAUGAAGGGUUAAAAAAUGCUAUAAGAGAUGCGAUAAAACCGGAAGACGGUGACAAACGGACAAAGAUGUACAAUUUUAAUAUCCCGGAAAUGAAGACGGAUGUAGUCUAUAUUCAGAAAUUGGAAGGUACAUCUGAGGAUAAUACGAUUGCUUUCCUGAAACAGUUGGAGACCAAUGAAAUACAGAAUUUUUAUUCUGAAGAAUAUCAACAAGAAAUUUCUGAAAGCACCACAGAAACAGGAGAAGCAGCCGAUGAAAUAGGAGAAGCAGACACAAUAGGCGCAUCAGACGCAAUAGGAGCAUCAGACGCAAUAGGAGCAUCAGACGCAAUAGGAGUAUCAGGCGCAAUAGGAGCAGCUGACGCAAUAGAAUCAGCAGACGCAAUAGAAGGAACUGACGCGAUAGUAGCAGCUGACGCAAUAGAAGCAGCAGGCGCAAUAGAAGCAGCAGACGCAGUAAUAGCAGCUGACGCAAUAUUAUCAGCUGACCCAAUAGAUACUGCUGACGCAAUAGGCGCAGCAGACAAAAUUGACAGAAUAGAAGAAGUAGACGUAGUGGAAGCAAUAGCAGCAAUGGAAGCAGUGCAAGCAGUUGAAGCAGUUGAAGCAGCAGAUGAUGUUAAAGUUGAUUAUGACAAUGAAGAAGAAGAGGAAGAAGAUGACGCGUAAAUGUUAAAACUAAAAUAAAGUCAACUUUCUCGACAGUGGAAUGAUAUCAAAGAAAAACUCAGUAUUACACAUAUAAUUUAUUGACGUACUCUAAUAUUACACGCCAAUCUAUUUCAUUAAAAAAAUUAUCUAGUACCCUCACACAUUAUAAGUUUCAUAACAAUAACAUUAAUUCGAACAUAAUCAUUGAGUUCUAGCUGAAAUGAUAUCUAUACUCGAGAAUAAAUUAAAAAAUUAG